AAGCCCCUGCGCAUUGAUCCGCGCCGUAUUUUUGGGUAAAUACGAUCACGUGGGGGCCGGGGAACCAAUGAGCUGCGGGGAAAAGGCUGGAAAAAUAAUUACCUGCCUUGAUUGUUCUGUGAGCAGAUAAAAAGUACAUAUACAGUUCAUACAAUAAUCUUAUGUAUGUAAAACCCUGUUACGAUGUCGGCGACGGGGCCCAUCAGUAACUAUUACGUGGACUCGCUCAUCUCUCACGACAAUGAAGACCUCCUAGCGUCCAGGUUUCCGGCCACGGGGGCUCACCCCGCCGCCGCCAGACCCAGCGGUUUGGUGCCGGACUGUAGCGAUUUUCCGUCCUGUAGCUUCGCGCCCAAGCCGGCAGUGUUCAGCACGUCGUGGGCGCCCGUGCCCUCGCAGUCGUCCGUGGUAUACCACCCGUACGGCCCCCAGCCCCACCUCGGCGCCGACACGCGCUAUAUGCGGACUUGGCUCGAGCCGCUGUCCGGCGCCGUCUCCUUCCCCAGCUUCCCGGCCGGGGGCCGUCACUACGCCCUCAAGCCGGACGCCUACCCCGGGCGCCGCGCCGACUGCGGCCCGGGCGACGGCCGCAGCUACCCGGACUACAUGUACGGCUCGCCCGGGGAGCUGCGCGACCGCGCCCCGCAGACACUGCCCUCGCCCGAGGCGGACGCGCUCGCCGGCAGCAAGCACAAAGAGGAGAAGGCCGACCUGGACCCCAGCAACCCCGUGGCCAACUGGAUUCACGCCCGCUCCACGAGGAAGAAGCGCUGCCCCUACACCAAGUACCAGACGCUGGAACUGGAGAAGGAGUUUCUCUUCAAUAUGUAUUUAACCAGGGACCGUCGGUACGAGGUGGCCCGGGUUCUCAACCUCACCGAGCGGCAGGUCAAAAUCUGGUUUCAGAACCGGAGGAUGAAGAUGAAAAAGAUGAAUAAAGAGAAAACCGACAAGGAGCAAUCCUAAACCCUGCCCCAGCCUGCUGCCUCGGCACAGCCAAGGGAAAAACAAAAAACCCCACAAAAAUACCCCAACCCAGGCGGGAGAGAGCACGAAAAGAAAAGGAAAGAGCAAGAUAGAGAAAAGCCAAUCAGCUUAAAAAGGAAAAAAAAAAAAAAAAAGGAAGGGGAAAAGGAAAACUCUUGCGAUUUGGGAGGGUUCAGUGUUGAGAAAUUGGUGUUUUAGAAUUAGUUCUACCCAGCGAGGAGCAGGAGGCGGGGAGAGAAUCCGCUUUCUCUUCUCCCAGCGCAACUGAAAUAAAUAACACACACAAAUGUGAUUUUUUUCCCUCCUUUCUUCAGAGAAGCCAGUACUUGAAUUGCUAUAUUUCUAUUUUGUUUCUGUAUCGUAUUUGGUCCGGGCCAUCCCUCCCCAGGCCUGGGGUGCUCUGCGUGCAGAUUUUGUACAAAAAAAAAGACACCCACACCCACACAAUAACAAUUCCCAGCCCAGGAGCCGAGGGGCGAGGGCCCGGACCGUGCCGCAGGCUGGGUCGGGCGCGCAGGCCGGCGCCUCGGGCUUGUACAUAGCAGUGUUUCUCCUCAUCCCCAGCGUCCGUCCUGUAACGUGCUUCUGUUUGUUAUGGUUAGAACAGCUCUGUGUUAAUAUAUCGAAGUCACUUAAAAAACCAGAAACCCAACCGCAUCCAGUUCUCGUUAUUUCUCCUCCCUGUGGCUCCCAGGCUGCUGUCGUGGAGGAGGCAAGUGCUCAGUUCCUUUGGGGCAAGCUGGAGCCAGGGAAGGGGCUCCCUCUACCUCGGAAGGGCAAGUGCCUGCCGC